GUUGGAAGAGACCCCUUGGGCCGUUUAGUUCUAUCUCCUUCUGCCUUUGUGCACCAAAAGCCAUUAGUAUUGCCCCUGAUAGAUGUCCACCCAGCCUCAAUGUUAAUAAUAAUAAUAAUCAUAAUCAUAAUCAUAAUCAUAAUAAUAAAGAGGGUUGGAAGAGACCCCUUGGGCCGUUUAGUUCUAUCUCCUUCUGCCUUUGUGCACCAAAAGCCAUUAAUAUUGCCCCUGAUAGAUGUCCACCCAGCCUCAAUGUUAAUAAUAAUAAUAAUAAUAAUAAUAAUAAUAAUAAUAAUAAUAAAGAGGGUUGGAAGAGACCCCUUGGGCCGUUUAGUUCUAUCUCCUUCUGCCUUUGUGCACCAAAAGCCAUUAAUAUUGCCCCUGAUAGAUGUCCACCCAGCCUCAAUGUUAAUAAUAAUAAUAAUAAUAAUAAUAAUAAUAAUAAUAAGGGUUGUAAGAGAAAAAGAGACCCCUUGUGUCAUUUAGCCCAACCCCCUUCUGCCCUUGUGCCAUGGGGGCCGGAUAAAUGGCUUCGAUGGGCCGCAUCCGGCCCCCGGGCCUUAGUUUGGGGACCGCUGUUCUAGAGCAUUGGGCCACAGCAGUUGAGGUGUGAGUUUGCAUUCAUUCUACAGUGAAGAUGUGCCCCUUUCGGAAGCAGAGAACAUUUGGGGCCUUUGGAGACCACUUGAAGGCGUUUUUCCAAAAGGCAUCCAGGGAACACCCCCUCCCUCCACCAUCUUAGGAUUUCCUUUUGGGAGGCCAGACAUAUAGGCCCAUGUUCUUGCACGGGGGAAGUCUGGCUGACCUGCUUUCCCCCUUUGUCAGGUUGUUUUGCCCAUGCUUAGUAAGGCAUUUGUGAGGCGGCUUCUAUGGGAGAAUUGCCCAGAGUAGAGGCCCAUUCUUCCAAGGGUCUGGAUUUAUUGCGUUGGCCGCUGCAAAGACAUUCCUAGGACCCUGUAUGAAAAACCUGUGUUUCUCUAGCUCUCCUUCAGCUGCUGAAAAUCUUUCCCUGGAGAGAGGACAAGGAAGGAGAGGGGGAAGUGGGCAAAGGUCCAAGAGGUUGGCAGGGGGAAAAGCCCAUGUGGAUGGAGCUGCGCUUGUCUUUGCAUCUGAGAGAGGAAAGGAGAAUUCUAUGAAGCCACCUCUUGGAUGCAAUAAGGAAGCCAAUCAUAUAGGAAGAAGAAAUCUCCUCGAUGUGAUGUUCUUGUUGAAUCCUUGCUCUUACUUACAGAUAAAGAAGGGGGUAAAAGAGCCAAGUGUAUGCAUUUUUCCAAAGGAAUACGACAGCCAUAUCACUGGUGACAUGAAGGGAAAAGCAUUUAAAUGCCUGGAGUGUGGAAAGAGUUUCAAUAGGAAGGAUUAUCUGCAGCGACAUAAAAGGACUCACACUGGGGAGAAGCCCUAUGAAUGUUUGGAGUGUGGAAAGAGUUUCACUACGAAGGAUCAACUGCAGCAGCAUCAAAGGACUCACACUGGGGAGAAACCCUAUAAAUGCUUGGAGUGUGGACAGAACUUCCCUCAUAGUUCAGGCCUACGUUCGCAUCAAAGGACUCACACUGGGGAAAAACCCUAUAAAUGCUUGGAGUGUGGACAGAGCUUCGCUCAGAAUGCACAUCUACGUUCGCAUCAAAGCACUCACACUGGGGAGAAACCCUAUACGUGCCUGGAAUGUGGACAGAGGUUCACUCGUAAUUCAAGUCUAUGUACGCAUCAGAGAACUCAUACUGGGGAAAAACCCUAUACGUGCCUGGAGUGUGGCCAGAACUUCACUCAUAGUUCAAGUCUACGUUCUCAUCAAAGGACUCACACUGGGGAGAAACCCUAUAAAUGCUUGGAGUGUGGACAGAGCUUCGCUCAGAAUGCACAUCUACGUUCGCAUCAAAGCACUCACACUGGGGAGAAACCCUAUACGUGCCUGGAAUGUGGACAGAGGUUCACUCGUAAUUCAAGUCUACGUACGCAUCAGAGAACUCAUACUGGGGAAAAACCCUAUACGUGCCUGGAGUGUGGACAGAACUUCACUCAUAGUUCAAGUCUACGUUCUCAUCAAAGGACUCACACUGGGGAGAAACCCUAUAAAUGCUUGGAGUGUGGACAGAGCUUCAUUCAGAAUUCAAGUCUCCGUUCACAUCAAAGAACUCAUACUAGGGAGAAACCCUAUACAUGCCUGGAGUGCGGACAGAGCUUCAUUCGGAAUUCAGAUCUAUGUUUACAUCGAAGGACUCACACUGGGGAGAAACCCUAUACAUGCCUGGAGUGUGGACAGAGCUUCACUAAGAAUUCAAAUCUACGUUCGCAUCAAAGGACUCACACUGGGGAGAAACCCUAUACGUGCCUGGAGUGUGGACAGAGCUUCACUAAGAAUUCAAAUCUACAUUCGCAUCAAAGGACUCACACUGGGGAGAAACCUUAUAAAUGCCUGGAGUGUGGGCAGUGCUUCAGUUAUAAUGGAAGUCUACGUUCACAUCAAAUGACUCACACUGGGGAGAAACCCUAUAAAUGCUUGGAGUGUGGACAGAGCUUCACUCAUAAUUCAAGUCUCCGUUCGCAUCAAAGAACUCACACUGGGGAGAAACCUUUUGAAUGCUCGGAAUGUGGACGGAGUUUCACUCAUAAUUCAGGUCUACGUUCACAUGCAACGACUCACACUGGGGAGAAGCCCUAUGAAUGCCUGGAGUGCGGAAAGAGAUUCACUCACAGUAAAAAUCUACGUUCCCAUCAAAGGACUCACACUGGGGAGAAGCCCUAUGAAUGCCUGGAGUGCGGAAAGAGAUUCACUCGCAGUAGAAAUCUACAUUCCCAUCAAAUGACUCACACUGGGGAAAAACCCUAUACAUGCCUGGAGUGUGGACAGAGGUUCAUUUAUAAUUCAAGCCUACGUUCACAUCAAAGGACUCACACUGGGGAGAAACCCUAUACAUGCCUGGAGUGCGGACAGAGCUUCAUUCGGAAUUCAGAUCUAUGUUUACAUCGAAGGACUCACACUGGGGAGAAACCCUAUACAUGCCUGGAGUGUGGACAAAGCUUCACUCAGAAUGCAAAUCUACGUUCGCAUCAAAGGACUCACACUGGGGAGAAACCCUAUACGUGCCUGGAGUGUGGACAGAGCUUCACUCAGAAUUCACAUCUACAUUCGCAUCAAAGGACUCACACUGGGGAGAAACCCUAUACAUGCCUGGAGUGUGGACAGAGGUUCACUCGUAAUUCAAGUCUACGUACGCAUCAGAGAACUCACAGGGCAGAGAAGCCCUAUAUAUGCCUGGAGUGUGGACAGAACUUCACUCAUAGAUCAGGUCUACGUUUACAUCAAAGGACUCACACUGGGGAAAAACCCUAUAAAUGCUUGGAGUGUGGACAGAGCUUCACUCAGAGUUCAGGUCUACGUUCACAUCAAAGGACUCACACUGGGGAGAAACCCUAUAAAUGCUUGGAGUGUGGACAAAGCUUCACUCAUAAAUCAACUCUCCGUUCACAUCAAAGAACUCAUACUGGGGAGAAACCCUAUACAUGCCUGGAGUGUGGACAGAGGUUCACUCGUAAUUCAAGCCUACGUUCGCAUCAGAGAACUCACACUGGGGAGAAACCUUUUGAAUGCUCGGAAUGUGGACAGAGUUUCACUCAUAAUUCAGGUCUACGUUCACAUUUAAGGACUCACGAUCGUGAAGUCAGGAGUCUUGUGCUCCAAAACUCUGUCAGUCUGAAUUCGGAAGUCCCAGAGUAGCUUGACAUGUUCAUUCUCUCUAACUUUUUCCAGCUUGUGAUCCCACCAGUUCUUUGUCGCAGGCAGAUGGUAUUUGUGGCACAAGUUCGAAUUAAUCAUCUGAGCAACGGUGUUCUGCCUCUGCUUGUAGUCUGUCUGUGCAAUCGUCUUGCAGCUGCUGAGGAUGUGAUCUAUUGUUUCAUCUGCUUCCUUGCAUAGUCUACAUUUGGGAUCUGUUGUCGACUUUUCAAUUUUGGCUUUGAUGGCAUUGGUUCUAAUGGCUUGUUCUUGGGCUGCCAGAAUCAGACCCUCCAUCUCCUUUUUCAAAGUUCCAUUUGUGAGCCACAGCCAUGUUUUUUCUUUGUCAAUUUGGCUCUCAAUUUUUCCCCCGCAGAGGAUGUAAUCCAUCCAUUUUUCCUUCUCUUCUGCCUUUUGUCUCCUGUGAGGAGGAGAUAUCAAAGAUAUCAAAGAAUGUAUGGAUGCAGCUACAAUUUUCCAUUCUCCAGGCAAGAUGUAGCUGCAUGCAUACAUUCUUGGAUAUCUUUACCUUUUACUUUCCUUAGAAUAUGAGAUUUAGAAAGUUAGUUAGCUGCAAGAGCUUUCCUAUCCAAAAUGCAUUUCUUUUCUUUCAGUAAAUCCUUUUGAACUUAUAUUUUUGGCUCUGCAGUCCUGUGCCUUCCUAAGCAACAGAGGCUUAUCCCAGCUCACCACACGUAAGUUUCUGCUGGUUGUGAAGUGUCCUUCUGGCACUCUGCUAUAUUUUUGGUGAAAUCACCCCAAGAGAGGGUUGAGUUUAACCGCUCAAUAGAUUCCCAACAAAAUUAAAGAGAAAGAAAGCCAAAUUAGAUCUCUCCCUGUGAAUACCGAACUAAAACAACUAAUAAUAUAAGCAUCCAUUCUCCUUACAGAUCUGGCAUCUCAAGGUAUGGGCGCAGCUGGUACACAAGUUUUAAUGGUGCAAAGGUGCUCCUGGCCACUGCCAACAUCUGGGUUCCAGGGUCAACAAUAAUGAGUACAGGAACACCCCCAGACUGUGGACCUGUGUCUUCAGGCUGUAAUUUCACUCCCUCUUCUGCCUUCCGCCUGACCAGGAGUGCCAUUCAGUGAGCUGUAUAAUUUUAGCUAUUUAACUUUACCAAUAAAUUUAAAUUACUAUGUCUAUCAUUUUCUUAAUAAAAACAUGUUAGCAAAAAGGAAUUUAGAAGAGACUGGAAAGGCAGAUAGAGCUGGGAUUUAAUACAUAAUUUAAGGUCCUUUUGGAUAUUGUUUUCCAUCUAUAUGGAUAAGUGAGACUCUACUGUAAUAACAAUAUUCUUCUUCCGUUUCAUCCUUUCCUCAAGGCUGGUUACAAUAUAGCUAAAAUCAUCUAAAAUAUUCUAUAAAAUGCAAUAAUUAUUAUUAUUUAUAAGGAAUCAUUAUAAUCCAGGUGUGAUAUUAUAAUAGGAGUGUGUGCAUUAACAGAUUAACUUUGGGGUAAUAAUAAUAAUAAUAAUAAUAAUAAUAAUAAUAAUAAUAAUAAUGAUUCAUAAGCCCGGGUCAGGGUAAGCUCCUGACCAUUAAUAGUCCAGCUUGCUGUUGACCUAUGCAGUUUCAUCUGUCAAGUAGGAAUUUAGGUACCGCCUAUGCGGGGAGGCUAAUUUAACUGUGCGGAAGUACUCCAUCAAGGACCCAAGUCACAGUGGAUGAUGAAGCAGCAGCUCCCCCUGUGGCUGGAAUCGAGCAUACCCUCAUGAAGCCAGUAGCUGGAAUGUCAAAUUGCCUCUGUGUCUGUCUAUAUGUGGUUGUCUAUAAAUGUCAUUUGUCUAAUGGCAUUGAUUGUUUGCUAUGUAUAUGUACAUUGUGAUCCGCCCUAAGUCCCCUUUGGGGUGAGAAGGGCGGAAAAUAAAUACUGUAAAUAAAUCUAUAUAUAUAAAAGGAGAAUGGUGUCGCUCCACUAGGCAAAACAACAAAACUAAAGGCCCCCCAACCUAGAAAAUUGACAACACAACCCCUCAUCCACGUCUCUACCUUCUUAGAAACAAACUAGACAUCACCAACCUCCAUGGGGCCAAAAAACCCCCCAAAACUGGAACGCACCAUCUAUGCAUGCCCAAUAGGCCAGCCCACGCGCACACAGAACAAUCCACACCCCUCCCUCCAACAGCCGCUCCCGCGCACACUCCUUUUCCCUCCUCAGACACCGUCUCCAUCUUCCCCACCAUUCCACAGCCUAAUACUUCUCAGGAGGAGCAAGGUGUGUUCAAAAUGCCGCCCCUCAGGGGCCUACCCAAUGAAAAAACUACUCAAACCCCACGGAACAUCCCCUUUAAACUCCCCCGCCACCGGACUCACCAAACAGGUUAAGGCCCAUUUUGUUUCCUCCCCUCACAACUACAAGACCUGGCUGCUCAACAAAGGAUCCCCCCCCCCCAACCUCAAACAGGGAAGCACCCACCCUUUGAAGGUCCAAGGCCAUUCCGUAAUAAUAAUAAUAAUAAUAAUAAUAAUAAUAAUAAUAAUAACAACUUUAUUUUUAUACCCCGCCUCUAUCUCCCCAAAGGGGACUCAGGGCAGCUUACAUGGGGCCAAGCCCAAAUAAAAACAAUAAUAAUAUAAAACACAACAAUAGACAAGAGACAUGCACAAUUAAAAAUUUAAACAUUAACCAAUAAAGUAAAUGACAAAAACUUAAUAAAAACAUGGAUUAAAAUGGAGAGGUUGUAAAAAUAGACUGGAUAAAGUGCACCAUAUAAAUAUUGUAAACAUGAGGUAACUGAUAAAAUGCUGCAAAUUCUAUGAGUAGUGGCUUAUGGAGAUGGAAAUGUUUAUCUUGGAGAAAAGGAGGCUGAGAGAAGAGGACACAGGUUAUCAAUGUCAUUUCCUAAUUGGUUCUAUCAUAGAAAAAAGGAAAAAGUUUAUUAAACUGCAAACACUAUGUUUUUGCAGGACAUUGUCCGUACUCAUCACUCUCUCAUCUCAGGACAGAAAAUAAAGAUCAACACUCUGAAAACACACAAAUUCCAUCCAGGAAACAAUCAGGGCCAGUUAACACCUCCCAACAAAGGAUUCCCCCCAUCCACCCACCCCCAGGCAGGGAAGCAGCCAGGCUUUCAAAGUGCAAGGCCAUUCCGUACUCGUCACUCUCUCAUCUCAGGACACUAAAUAAAGGCCAACACUUCGAAAACACACAAAUUCCAACCAGGAAACAAUCAGGACCAGCUAACACCUCCUACCAAAGGAUUCCUCCCCCCCCGCCCCUCAGACAGGGAAGCACCCAGGCUGAAGGACCACCUGAUACAUCAGCAAAAGUGGCACCAACACAACGACAGCUUAGUCGUUAUUUACUGCUGAUCCCAGCAGGUCUAAUUACUUUAUUAUACAAAGAUAUUUAUAAUUACUCAGAGCCAUAACUCUCCAGAGACAUGGCACAUCUUCUCCGCUAGGCUCGGCUGUUAUCUGUACAAAGCUGUCACCUCCCGCAUUCCUGAGUUCAUGAGUUCCGGCCAGACAGUUCAAACGGAAGCCCUGACCUAUUGGUCCUGUGGGCAAUCCAUCAAGCAGGCUUGUGCUUAACCCUUGUGCUGCUGGAAUGCUUUGCUGGAAACACACUGUUGCAACAGCAAAAACUUGAUAUAACAUUUCACUUUGACAACAGAAACACACUAACAUGUAUCCCAGUCGCUGAUUGGCUCAGUAACUGUCACAUCAUGUUUUCUUUAGUUUGUGCGCAGCUACCCCUCUCUGGGAAUGGGUAAGGGUUAUGUAGUGUAAAGUGUGUGGAGAGGGUUUAUAAAGACUUAGUGUAUGACUACUAAAAUAAUGUAGAAAUAUUAAAAUAAAUAUAGCGUCCCUACUUCAUGGAUUUUCACAUUUCGCGGGUGGUCCUGGAACGGAACACCAGCGAUAAGUGAGGGAACACUGUAUAGUAUAAAGUCCCAACAUGACUGGAUUCUAUGUAUCUCUAAACCAACUUUAAUACAGUACCGACAUCUAUAUAUAUAAAAGAGUGAUGGCAUCACGGCGACCCACAAAACAACAAAACUACAGGCCCACCAACCUUGAAAUUUGACAACACAACCCAUCAUCCACGCCUCUAGGUUGAUACAACAAAAAGAAAAGAAAAAUAAAGUCCUAAUUAGAGAGAGAGGAAUAAUUGCUUUUAUCCAAUUGCUGCCAGUUAGAAGGCUAAACUCCUCCAACUUGGUCUUUUAGAGUAAUUAAAAACACUAAAAAAUUAAUACAAUAAAAUACUAUAAUAACAGAAAAUAACUAAAAAUAAUACAAGAAAAUAAUAAAAUAUAAUAAAAAGAUAACAUACAAUAAAAUUAAUAAAAAAUAUAACGUCAAAUCAAAAUUACACAACAAUUUUUAACCAAUACCACCACCACUUUGCCACAGCAACGCGUGGCCGGGCACAGCUAGUGACUUUAUAUAUCACUGUAUUAUAUGGCUCUUUAAUCUAACUUAAAUACAAUUCUGACAUGAAUGAAUACAGUUCCGACAUGACUUCAGUUAAUACAGUACUGAUGUGAGUUAAAUUAAUACAGUUCCGACGUGACCUGAAUUUAAUACAGUUCCAACAUUACGUGAAUUUCUGUACACCUUCUACCUUCUUAUGCUUCUUUCCAGUACUAAACACUAACGGACAAAUCUUAACUGACAAAAAUAACUGCCAUUUCAAAGCUAACAGGAGCCGAGGCUAAGUAUGCAAAUGUAUUUAUACCAGCUAACCAGAAAUCCAAAGGUGAACCCAAAUGGCACAGGAUGCGUUUUCUAGGAUACCACUAUGAUAAAUUAAAAUUCCACAGUUCAUAUAGAAAAGUGAGAUUCUCAAAAAUUGCAUAUUUCGACAAAGAUGCUGAUUGGGAUAGACUGCCCUUGAAUAAGGAGGUUCUGAAGGAUGUCAGAGAAAGGACAGAAAUAGGAGAAUGUUCUACAAUUGGAGGGGUGAAAAGAAACCUUAAACUCCUGAGAAAGGAAAGACACAAACACACACAAAACAGGUGACACCACAGAAGACACAGCAAGGUACAACACCCAAGUCUUCAAUUAAGAAAGAGCAAGAAAUGGAGUGGGCUAGCUGGACUGUCCACAAUGGUGACUCAGCAGAUUUGCCACUAGUGUACUUAAAAUCCCUAGACAGGUUCAGAAGAAGAGACAGCCUAAAUAUCAUUUUGCAACACAAGCAAUUUGUCUUGCAGUGAAGAAUAAAAGGGGAUGAGUUCUCAGAGGGAGAAUGCCUGUGUGUCACAGUGUGAAACAGAGUGAAAAUGAUAGUUUCAACAAGAACAAAAGUGAAUGUGUAAAAAAGGAACCUAUAGACCAAGUUGUUCCAUGAGCAAAAAGACUGCAAAAGUUUACAUGUUCGGAAAACAUAGCAACCGGAAACUAUCAGACUCCCAGACAGUAUAUAUUAGAUUUGGAAGAGACUUCAAAGACCAUCUUGUCUGGCCACUUUCUGCCAGGAAGGAAGACACUUCCCAAGGAAUUUAUUUCUUGUGUCCGAAGCGAACUGAGGAUACAAGUUGUAAUGGAUUUGCAACCGUAGAGAUUUUUUUAAAAGAAAAAAAAAAACGAGACAUGCCGCAUUAUCACAGAAUAUCUAUAUCCUACAGCACUGGAGAAAUUAUACUGCUUAGCCGGCAUUGCACCACCUGACAUCCGCCAGGAAGUACCGUGUUUCCCCGAAAAUAAGACAGUGUCUUAUAUUAAUUUUUGCUCCCAAAGAUGUUCUAGGUCUUAUUUUCAGGGGGUGUCUUAUUUUUCCAUGAAGAAGAAUUCACAUUUAUUGUUGAACAAAAAAUGACCAUUUAUUAUAUACUGUACAGUAGUUGUCAUCACAAACCAGCAUAACCAGACAAACUGAAUCCUAUCAAAAAUUUCGUGUUACUACCAAUAUUUCCAUGUACAACACUCUAUGGUACAUACAUUUACCGAUCCUACAUGCUCUGGUGUCCUGUUUGGCGGUCAUGCUUCCAAACAAAACCUUUGCUAGGUCUUACUUCGGGGGAGGCCUUAUAUUUAGCAAUUCAGCAAAACCUCUACUAGGUCUUAUUUUAUGGGGAUGUCUUAUUUUAGGGGAAACAGGGUAGUAGCCAGCAAUGAAAGGACCAAGGCAUUGACUUCUCCGGCCCAUCCCCUGUUCAGAUAUCAGCCAGCCAAUGCCUUAAAUCAAGAAAUAGCUUCCUAAGAUGUACAGAGAUAAUUGCAGGAACACCUCAGCAAGCGAGAGUCCAAAAGUGGCAGGCUAAAACCCGGAACCUUAAUCAGUGGCUGAGACCGGAUGAGGAUGCAGAGCCAACCUUAAGAAAUGGGGCUACAAAGCGGAGUCCGCGACAUGCGAGUGUGGAGAAGAGCACACCACAGACCACCUGCUGCAAUGCAGCCUGAGCCCUGCCACAUGCACAACGGGGGACCUUCUCACAGCAACACAAGAGGCACUCCAAGUGGCCAGCUACUGGGCAAAAGACAUUUAGUAUUAAUGCCAAGUUUUUGUCUUCUUUCCCAAGGAAUGGCCAUUCAUCUUCUGUUUAAAGGACUCUAGAGAGGAAAAAUCCACCAGACUCCUUGGCUGACUAUAUUGGAUUUGGAUGGGACUUCAAAGGUCAUCUAGUCUGACACCCCCCCCCUUCUUGCGGUGCAGGAAUAUACAGUUUAAGCCUAGGGUGGUUGUAUGUUUUCCGGGAUGUAUGGCUAUGCUCCAGAAGUAUUCUCUCCUGAUGUUUCGCCCACAUCUAUGGCAGGAAUCCUCAGAGGUUGUGAGGUGAGGAUGCCUGCUAUAGAUGUGGGCGAAACGUCAGGAGAGAAUACUUCUGCAACAUGGCUAUACAGCCCGGAAAACACACAACAACCCUGUGAUCCUGGCCAUGAAAGCCUUCAACAACACAAUUUAAGCCUACCCAACAAAUGGCUACCAAGACUCUGUUUACGGAAUUCUGGUGAAGGAAACACCAUCAGACACCUAGGCACUGCCAUAUAUAUAAAUGUAUAUAAAUGAGUGAUGGCAUCACGGCGACCCACAAAACAACAAAACUACAGGCCCCCCAACCUCGAAAUUUGACAACACAACCCAUCAUCCACGCCUCUAGGUUGAUACAACAAAAAGAAAAGAAAAAUAAAGUCCUAAUUAGAGAGAGAGCAAUAAUUGUUUUUAUCCAAUUGCUACCAGUUUAGAGGGCUAAUCUCUGCCCACUUGGUCUCCUAGCAACCUACUCAGCCAAGGGACAGCCAGGGUUUAGUUAGGGGACAGGCAGAUUCCACAGAUUAUCUAAUUUGUACUGGAUUAUAUGGCAGUGUAGACUCAAGGCCCUUCCACACAGCUAUAUAAGCCAUUUAUAAUCUUAUAUUAUCUGCUUUGCACUGGAUUAUCUUGACUCCACACUGCCAUAUAAUCCACUUCAGUGUGAAUUUUAUACAGCUGUGAAGAAGGGGCCUCAUAUAAUCCAGUUCUAAGCAGAUAAUAUAAGAUUAUCAAUAUACAGUAGAGUCUUACUUAUCCAAGAUAAACAGGCCGGCAGUAUAAGUGAAUAUGUUGGAUAAUAAGAAGGGAUUCAGGAAAAGCGGAUUAAACAUCAAAUUAGGUAAUCGUUAUACAAAUUAAGCACCAAAACAUCAUAUUAUACAACAAAUUUGACAGAAAAAGUAGUUCCAUGCGCAGUAAUGCUACGUAGUAAUUACAGUAGAGUCUCACUUAUCCAACACUCGCUUAUCCAAAGUUCUGGAUUAUCCAACGCAUUUUUGUAGUCAAUGUUUUCAAUAUAUCGUGAUAUUUUGGUGCUAAAUUCAUAAAUAUAGUAAUUACUACAUAGCAUUACUGCGUAUUGAACUACUUUUUCUGCCAAAUUUGUUGUCUAACAUGAUGUUUUGGUGCUUCAUUUGUAAAAUCAUAACCUAAUUUGAUAUUUAAUAGGCUUUUCCUUAACACCUCCUUAUUAUCCAACAUAUUUGCUUAUCCAACAUUCUGCCGGCCCGUUUAUGUUGGAUAAGUGAGACUCUACUGUACUGUAUUUACAAAUUUACCACUAAAAUAUCACAAUGAAUUUAAAACACUGACUACAAAAACAUUUAUUAUGGAAAGGCAGACUGCGUUGGAUAAUCCAGAACAUUGCAUAAGCGAAUUUUGGAUAAGUGAGAUUCAACUUUAAUAUGAAAUAAUUACUGGGAUAGAAUAAUGCAGAACAAUAUAAUCUCUAAAACCAGGACAGUAAAUAAAGACCAACAGUCUGAAAGCAGGGAAGUUGGAAAUUCCACAAAGGAAACAAUCAGGGCCAGCUAACACCUCUCAAGAAAGGAUUCUUCCAGAAAGGAAGCUGAGAAGGGAGUGAAGCACUGUGUAUUACCAAAGUCAUUAUUAUUACUAUCAUUACUAUUAUUGUUGUUGUUGUUGUGUUGCGGUCAACCGUGAAAAUGAAUACAAUCUGGCUCCAAGUAUUCAAAAACACUAAAAUCAGAAUAUAAAAAACUUAAUGUGGUAUAAUAAAACAGAACAAUACAAUCUCUAAAAUCAGAACACUAAAUAAAGAACAACACUCUGAAAACGGGAAUUCCACACAGGAAACAAUCAGGGCCAGCUAACACCUCCCAACAAAGAAUUCCCAUCAUCAAAGUCUGGCAAAUCCUCUGUUUUCUCAGGGCCACAGACAGUAGAAGCACAUAAAAUAUCGCAAAGAACACCACUCUGAAAACAAGGGAAUUCCAGACAAGAAACAAUCAGGGCCAGCUAACACCUCCCAACAAAAAAUUCACUCAGGGAGGAAACAGCCAGGCUUUAAAGCUGCAAAACCAUUACAUCCUAAUAAUUUUUCCUAAUUGCAGCAUUCAUACAUGCCUCCAACAGACAAAAAAAAUCAAUCAGAAAUAUUGUAUAUUCACAACCUUUAGGAAACAAUAUCCCCUGAAGGCGCAGCGUGUUAAAGUGCUGAGCUGCUGAACUUCUGGACUGAAAGGCCGCAGGUUUGAAUUGGGGGAGUGGAGAGAGCCCCCACUGUUAGCCCCAGCUUCUGCCAACCUAGCAGUUCGAAAACAUGCCAAUGUGAGUAGAUGAAUAAGUACCUCUCCAGCGGGAAGGUAACGGCGCUCCAUGCAGUCAUGCCAGUGGCCACAUGACUUUGGAGGAGUCUACGGACAAUGCCUGCUCUGGACUUAAUGUCGGGGGGGGGGGGGAAAUGUUUACCCUUGACCUUAACUACCACCAAUUCCUCAAUACUUUAUUUCCCAUACCACCAGACUUCGCCACAGCAACGCGUGGCCGGGCACAGCUAGUAUUUUAGAUUUGGAAGCAACUUCAAUGGUCAUCUAGUUUGACCCUCCUGCCCUUCCUGCAAUGCUGGAAUAUAUAAUGUAAACCUUCCCAACAAACGGCCACUCUAAGGAAACAAGUCCUGUUUUUCUGUAAAGGUUGAAUACAUUGGAGAGCUCCUUUGAAUAGAAAUCUAUAUGAAUAAAAGUCAACAUAUUUAUCCAUUCAUGAAACACAAAAUCAAACCAUGAGUACUUCCAAUGCUUAUCCUUCAGAGAUAAUUAACUUGGGGAACUAAGCUAGUUCAGAAUAAUACCAAAAAAGCCACUGUUUCCUCCUAACCAUUUUGGAAUUUAAAAAAAUCACACGGCUAAAUAAAUUCUAGAAGUAUAGACUUUGUGAAAGUCUUCCUCCUGAAAUGUGGUGCCAUCUCCCCAUCUGUGGCGGAUAAUUCCCUGGAAAAGAAAACCAUGGGUGACAGUGAAACUACAACUCCCAUGAUUAUGUAGCAUUGUAAGCCAUAGCAGUUAAAGCAGCAUGGAAGUGCAUUGAUUCUGGGAAGCCAGGUUCUGCAAAUGCUGGGUCUCUGGAGGCAUUGGAGCAGGGGGUGGAUGUCCAUCUGUCAAGAGGGAUUUGAUUGUGCUUUUCCUGCAUGGCAAGAAUAGAGUCGGACUGGAUGCCUCUUUAAUGUUUAACUAUAGGGGGUUUUUUAUUCGUUUUUAUUGAUACUUUACAAGCAAUCUUGUUCAACUUAUUUUUUUUCUCCAAUAUUGUUUUAUACCUUACAUUAAAAGUGGGUGAACAAUGCAUAGUAGCGAAAGUAGGAAAGAAAGAGAAGCAAAAACAAACAAACAAAAACAAAACAAAACAAAAAAAAACACAAAAAAAGGCAAAAGAAAAAAAAAGGGGAUGGUAGAUCCACCCACCACACAUGAAGUCGUGCAAAUAAUAGAAUGUUUAACCAUAGGUUUUAAACUCAUGUCCUCCUGUGUUUCCUGCAUUUUGCUUUGUUCUGUGUGUUUUAAUAUAUGUUCUGUGUCAUAUAAUAUAUUUCAUAGAAAUACAUGUUAAUGUAUGUAUUUUAUAUUAUCUUUUAUGAAGUGUUUUAACAGACCUCACCACCUCUGAGGAUGCCUGUCAUAGAUGUGGGCGAAAUGUCAGGAGAGAAUGCUUCUAGAACAUGGCCAUACAGCCCGGAAAAUGCACAGCAACCCACGCUUUUAACUCUGUUGUGCUCUGCGGGGAAGAAAUACAAUAAAAUAAUAAUAAUAAUAAUAAUAAUAAUAAUAAUAAUUGUGCGGUUUUCUGGCAUUGUAUAUUUUUGCCGCUUCUGUGACUGUUCAUUUGGGUUUUGAUGAUUUCGUAGCCCACUUGUUGAUGGAUGUCCAGAAUCAGCAGCAUCCACCGCGGUCCUUUUUAUCCUGGGCGACGACCGAGCCAGUAUAGACUUCGUUUGGGUUUGAUUCUCCAUAAUGCUAAUGGGUUAGGUGCUCUUGGUUGUGCUCCUCAGCUGAGGCCUCUCUGGCUUGGUUGGACCUGCCGGUAGUUACACUACCGCCAGCACAGCCCUCAGUCAUCACUGGAGCAGUUAAGCCCCCCCACCACGUCAAGGUGGCACCUGUCCAGGGAGGUACACAACACACCAGACAUCACAGUUGUGGAAAAGAACAAGGUUUGGAUCAUUGAUGUUGCCAUCCCAGGUGACAGUCGCAUAGAUGAAAAACAACAGGAAAAACUCAGCCGCUAUCAGGACCUCAAGAUUGAACUUCAAAGACUCUGGCAGAAACCAGUACAGGUGGUCCCGGUGGUGAUGGGCACACUGGGUGCUGUGCCAAAAGAUCUCAGCCGGCAUUUGGAAACAAGAGACAUUGACAAAAUCACCAUCUGCCAACUGCAAAAGGCCACCCUACUGGGAUCUGCACACAUCAUCCGAAAAUACAUCACACAGUCCUAGACACUUGGGAAGUGUUCGACUUGUGGUUUUGCGAAACGAAAUCCAGCAUAUCUAUCUUGUUUGCUGUGCCAUACAACGUCGUUGUGUUGAUAAUAAUAAUAAUAAUAUCCAAUAAAAUUUGGAGAAACCCAGGCCACGCCCCCUUCGCUUCCAAUUGAAAGGGGGGAGGGAGGCGCCGACGUCACCCAGGCCACGCCCCCUUCGCUCCCAAUUGGGAGGGAGGGAGGCGCCGACGUCACUUAGGCCACGCCCCCUUCGCUGCCGUCGCCAUUUUUGUGAGGAAAGAAGAAAAGACAAGAAGGCGGUGAGGAAAGAGAAGGCGGCGAGGGAGCCAUUUCGGUCUCUUCCAACUCGACAAAGACAGGACUUCACAACCUCUAAGGAUGCCUGCCAUAGAUGUGGAUGAAACGUCAGGAGAGAAUGCUUCAGGAACAUGACCAGACAGCCCGGGAAAACUCCCAGCAACCCUGUGAUUCCGGCCAUGAAAGCCUUCGACAACACAUUUUUCAAACCAAUUUAUUUUGCCUCUGCCUAACAGCCCAAGGUCUUUUCCAUUUCAAGGUAAACAUCCAAUAAGGACUCCUUGGAGGGGGACUCUAGAGGCCAUCCAGUCCCACCUGGCAGGGUGCGGCCUGCUCGGAUCCCUUUCCACCACAGGCCCCGGACCUUCCCUCCCUCCCGCCCGCCCUUCCGUCGGACUGACAGACCUGAGCACCAGGGGUUGAAGAGCAGGACGAACUGGCUGAGGAGGUGGGCGUUGCCCUGCUGGACCUGGAGGCUGAGCUUCCACCGCUUGACGGGGCCGAGGACGGGCUGGUCAGCGUGAAUGUGAGCUGGUUGCCAUCCCGGCCCUCCAGCGACGCAUCCCACUAUCUGCUGCCCAGCAGCCCGCCUGAGACCGCCAAUGAGGCCUGCGUCCUGUGGGACUCUGACAGGGACGAACCUAGGGGGAGAGGGGUAAGCAAGCAGGGGGCUUCUCCAAUGGCAGGCAAGGGGAGAUAGAUAGAUAGAUAGAUGGCUUUGCUGCUAUAUCGCAUGCACACACACACACAUAUUUAUGACAUGAAUUUAUGGUAUGAACCGGACAUGCCUCAACUGCGCCCCCUAGAGGAUUGCGCCCUCAGAAAAUGUGUAGUUUGCCUAAUGCUUGAGUCGCCCCUGGCGGUAGACCAAGCGUCAUUGCCAGAGAUGGCAGAGCCACCAUGUAGUGGGGUAUCAGAAGUUUACCAUGAGUAUUUGGAUGUUUUUGAAGGAAAAGACUUAGACCAGUGAUUCCCAAAGUGGGCACUACCGCCCCCUGGUGCGAUCCAGGGGGGUGGUGAUGGCACCUAUUAGGAGACGGGGCGGAGCUAGAGGAGUGGGCAUGGCUUCUUCCCAAGAGCCCAAGACAGAGCUGAGAAUCUAUACCUCUCCUGAGGCUCUUGUUGGGACACAGAGGACGGAGCUAGGGAAGGGGGCGGGGCCUCCUUCCAAGAGCCUGAGACAGGGCUGAGCCUCUAUACCUCUCCUGAGAGACCUUUUAGGACUUAGGGGUGGGGCCUCUUCCCAAGAGCCUGAGACAGGGCUGAGCCUCUGUAUACCCUGAGGCGCUUGUUAGAACGUGGGGCGAGGUAUAGAGGUUCAGCCCCGUCGGGCAUUUGGGAAGAGGCUCCGCCCCCUCCUCUAGCCCCUCCCCCUCUGUCCUGGCAGGCGCCGCAGGACAGGGGUAGAAGCUCAGCCCUGCCUCAGAGCUCGUAACUGCGCAUCCCAGUCCUGGCCGCCCAUUUGUCCCACCCCCCCCCCCCCAGCCCAGCAUCUUGGAUUAGGGGAGAAGCUCAGCCCUGCCCCCUUGAGCAGGAGCCACGCCCACCCCUCUAAGCCAUGCCCCCCUUUCCAGGAGGGGCUGAGUAAUAUUUUUUCUGGGAAGGGGGCGGCAGGCCAAAUAAGUUUGGGAACCACUGAAUUAGACCACCUGCCCCCUUAUAAAAAGACUGACUGUGCUAUAAAUGUAGACCUGCAAGCCAAAUUGCCAAAGCCUAAAAUGAAUGCUUGUAGAAAAACUACUUAUAGGGAGUUCAUUGAUACACAUCUAGUAAGAGGUUUUCUAGACCCAGCCAAUUCCCCUCUGACUGCUCUUGUACUGUUCAGGUCAAAAAAGGAUGACACUGUAAGACUUUGUACUGAUUAUGGGGGCCUGAAUGCCAUAUACGCCACCCUGAGUCCCUUCGGGUGAGAAGGGCGGGAUAUAAGUGUUGGAAAUAAAUUAAUAUGCACCUCCAAUCAAUAUCCUGUGCGUCUAGUAAAAGAUAUGCUGGGCCACUAUUGAAGGGAAAAAUCUUUACAAAGUUGGACUUGUGAGUAGCAUAUUUUUAAAUCGGGACUAAAGAGUGGAAGACAGUAUUCAACUGCAAUGGGAUCUUCCCAUAUAGGGUGUUACCAUUUGGAAUUACCAGGGCUUUCCAGUGUUCAUGCAAAGGAUAAAUAAAUUAGUAUGUCCUUUGCUUUAUAAGGGAGUUCUAGUUUUCCUGAACAACAUAUUAAUUUAUUCAAAAAUGCUGGAGGAACAUAUAGCAGUGGUAAAGCAAGUGCUACAAAGACUUAAGAGAGAGAGACAGCUAUACGCUAAAUUCUCAAAGUGGAAGUUUCACAAAAAGAGAUUGGAUUACCUGGGGUAAUUUGAAUUGGAGGCACCACAUAUCAGAAGACACCUACAAAGUUGCUUAUAUUUGCCAAUUUCUACAGGCAAUUUAUGAAAGACUUUGCUAAAAUAACCCCACUGAUAGAUUUAUUGAGAACCAGGUGGAAAGGAGAGUCAGUUAAAGUGAAAUCUCGGGGAGCAAAAGUGCAGUGGAGUAGGGAGUGCCAAUUAGCUUUCGAUAAAUUGAAAACCUUGCUCACCCAACAACUUAUCUUGAAACGUCCAGACCCCAAACUGCCUUUUGCUGUCCAUUGCGACGCCUCGGACACUGCCUACGGGGCAGUAUUGUUUCAGAAACCCCUAGGGAAGGGACUGAUACUGUAAAUAAAUGGAUAAUAAAUAACUUUAUUUAUAUUCUGCCCUAUUUCCCUGAGGGGACUCAGAGCGGAUUCCAACAACAGAAGGCAAACAUUCAAAGCCUAUACAACAAAAAGUACAAAUACAUUGACAGAUCACCCAAAAUAAACUGACAUACCACAUUAGGCUCACAUAUAUCAAAUUAAUCCGACAUGUAAAAUCAAAUUAAACAAAACAAACAUCCUGGAAUUAAAUUAUAUGUGAUAUAAAAGCAUGGGACUGAGAGUAGGGCCUCCUCCUACUGACUGCAAUGGAGACUCCAUCAGACUCCCAGGCACUAUAUAUUAGAUUUGGAGAGGAUUCCAAGGCCAUCUAGUCUGAUCCCUACUUCUUGCCUUGCUGUAAUAUACGUUCUUCUACGUGGUCCCUGUGAAAUGCACACAUAUGGAAGUGUGGAUUUCACAGGUGACUACUCAAAGAAACAUGGUUACAGGUAAGUAACCCAUCCAUUUAAGCUUUCCAAAGUACUGGAAAGCGUUCCUACACAUGGUAGGAACAGAGUAACAACAAUUUGCAGGCAGGCUAUAUGAGAUCUGGAAGGGACUUGAAAGGUCAUCUAGUCUGACCCUCCUUCCUGCCAUUCAGAAUAUAGAAUUUGAGCCUUCCCCCCAAGAUUGGCCACCCAGCCUCUGUUUCACAGAACUCUAGAGGUAGAGAUUUCACCACUCUCCCAAGCAAUCUAUAUUAGAUUUGAAGGUCAUCCAGUCUGACCCCCCUUCCUGCAAUGCUGGAAUAUAUAAUUUAAGCCUUCCCAACAAAUGGCCACUCCAAGGUACUGAGUCUUAUUCUUUUGCAAAGGUCGAAUACAUUGGAAAACUCCCUUGAAAAGAUAUCUAUAUGAAUAAAACUCAAAAUAUCAGUUCAUGAAACCCAAACUCAAACAAUGAAUACUUCCAAUGCUUAUCCUCCAAAGAUAUUUAACUUGGGCAUUGCAGGGGAGCUAAGCUAGUUCACAAUCAUACCAAAACGCCACUGUUUGCUCGUAUCCAUUUUGAAGUACAAAAAAAUCACGGCCUAAUAAAUUACAAAAAUAUAGACUUUGUGAAAUUUCCUCCUGGAGGAAUACCUCAAAUGUGGUGCCAUAUCCCAAUCUGUGGUGAAUAAUUUCCUGUGAUUGUGAAACUACAACUUCCAUGAUUUCGUAGCACCGUGAGCCAUGGCAAUUAAAGCAGCAUGGAAGUGUAUUAAUUCUACAGUUCAGAUGCACCCUGGGAGGCCAGGUUCUGCAAACACUGUGUCUCUAGAGUAGUGGUUCUCAUCCUGUGGGUCCCCAGGUGUUUUGGCAUACUACUCCCAGAAAUCCCAGGCAAUUUACCAGCUGAUAGGUUGUCAGGGAGUUGAGGGCCAAAACAUCUGGGGACCCACAGGUGGAGAACCACUGCUCUAGAGACUUUGGAGCAGAGGCUGGAUGGUCAUCUGUUGAGAGAGCUUUGAUUGUAUGUUCCUGCAUAGCAAGAAUAGGGUCGAACUGGAUGGCCUCUUCAAUGUUUAACUAGGGGUUUUAAACUCAUGCCCUUCUGUGUUUCCUGCAUUUUGAUUUGUUUUGUGUAUUUCAAUAUAUGUUCUAUGUAAUGUAAUAUAGUUUAUAGAAAUACAUUUCAAUAUAUCUGCAAUGAGAAGAUGGGGUGAUAGGACAGAGAAAAGGCAGGACUACUUAAUGCCUUUGCCUCAGUCUUCUCACAAAAAGAAGGCCAUCUUCAACCUCAGCAAAAUGGAGUGGACAUGAACAUUAGGAAAAAUGUCCAAACUGAGCUGUUCAGCAGUGGAACUCUUUUCUUCGGACUGUGGUGGAGGCUCCUUUGGAGGCUUUUUAGCAGAGGCUGGAUGGCCAUCUGUCAAGGGUGCUUUGAAUGCAAUUUCCUGCUUAUUGGCAGAAUGGCGUUGGACUGGAUGGCCCACCAGAUCUCUUCCAACUCUAGGAUUCUAUAUGUAUUUUAUAAAAUGUUUUAUGAAGUGUUUUAACUCUGUUGUGUUUUGUGUCGAGCCAAGGAGAGGUGGGGAAGAAAUACAAUAAAAUAAUAAUACAAUUGCUAUCGAAUCUAGACUGCAAUAAUUUGAGGAUUCUGCCCCGCAAGGAAUGCUAGCAAUUAAUUCAGUUCCCAGAUUAGAUUAGAUAGCUAACCACAUACGGUAUUAUCCAGUAUGUAUUAGGUCCGUAUUUUAUUAUCUAUGCAUUUUAUCUCAUCAUUGUAUUUUUGCAUAGAUGUUUCAGUUCCUCCACCUAUGUAGACGAGAGAAUUGUAUUUGGUGGUUGACUGAUAUUUAUUAGGUCCCUAUUUUAUUAUCUACAUUUUAUCUCAUCAUUGUAUUCUUGCAUAGAUGUUUCAGUUCCUCCACCUAUGUAGACAACAGAAUUGUAUUUGAUGGUUGACUGAUAUUAUCAACUAUACCUUGGUUUUAUAUUGUAUUUUGUUUUUAUCUUGUUAUAUUGUGUAUUGUAUGUAUGUUGGUUUUUAUGUGAUUAUGCUGUCCGGGCUCUGCCCCAUGUAAGCUGCUCAAGUCCCCUUGGGGAGAUGGUGGUGGGGUAUAAAUAAAAUUAUUUUUAUCUCACUAAUGGUAGUUGAAGACAUAAGGCAGAGACAGAUUUAUUGAUCCAUGGCCAUAGGAAGGAGACCUGUGGGCUCAGGCCCAAGGCACAAGUCUGAGCAACAUGUGCUCCUUCCUGCAAGGAGCUAAAUAGUCUGUUUCAUUGCUACAGUUUGAAUCCUCCCUCCCUCGCUUAAGAUUGGCUGAGCCUUCGAUGAUGCAUCUACCCUGUUUCCCCUAAAAUAAGACAUCCCCAGAAAAUAAGACCUAGUAGAGGUUUUGCUGAAUUGCUAAAUAUAAGGCCUCCCCUGAAAGUAAGACCUAGACAAGUUUUUGUUUGGAAGCAUGACCGCCGAACAGAACACCAGAGCAUGCAGGAUUGGGAAAUGUACGUACCAUAGAGUGUUGUACAUGGAAAUAUUGGUAGUAACAAGAAAUUCUUGAUAGGAUUCACAGUUUGUCUGGUUAUGCUGGUUUGUGAUGACAACUACUGUACAGUAUAUAAUAAAUGUUCAUUUUUUUUGUUCAACAAUAAAUUUGAACAUAAAUUUCCAUUUCUUCAUGGAAAAAUAAGACAUCCCCUGAAAAUAAGACCUAGCGCAUCUUUGGGAGCAAAAAUUAAUAUAAGACACUGUCUUAUUUUCAGGGAAACACAAUAGAAAUCCUCUAGUUUCAGGGGGUGGGGAAAAGUCCAGAGGGGAGGUUGGCAUGUACCCAGGAGGAGAUGAUGGGAUUAUGAAAUCCAGGACCAGGAGAACCUUGGAGAUUCUCCUCAGGAGGAAGCUUGACUUGACAAACCAGUUUGGAGAGUAUAUGAAUGCCUCACCCUGGCAUUGUAGUUCCUUUGUUUGUGAGUUAUUGCCUGGGAUUAGUUCACAGUAGCAGGGUCGUUUAACAUGGAUUACAUAGAUUUAACAUGGGAAGGGGAUCCUUGCUGCUGCUACUCCUUUUGCAAGGUGGCCUUAAUCCCUUAAUCCCUUUUAUGCCAUUUCAACUUGAUGCCCUUUAGCAAACUACAGAUCCUUUUUUAUUUGGGGGAGGGGGGUUGUGGUGUUUGAUAACACUAUCUAAUAUAGGGUUGUAUGUUUUCCGGGCUAUAUGGCCAUGUUCUAGAAAUAUUCUCUCCUGACGUUUCACCCACAUCUAUGGCAGGCAUCCUCAGAGGUUGUGAGGUAUGGAGAAACUCGGCAAGGAGGAAACCAUGAAAAUGAACAAAAUCUGGCUACCAGUAUUUAAAAACUCAAAAAUCAGAACAGUAAUUAAGAAGCAACACCCUGAGACAUGGAAACUAGGGGCAGCUAACAAAGGAUGCCCCCAGGCAGAAAGUAGCCAGUAGAUGAAGCCAUUCAAUGCAAAUUAGGGUGAUUAACUGCAACAUUCACGCUGGCCUCCAACUGACAAGAGUUCUUCCCCCACCCUGGACUUCCCACAGAUAUAUAUAAACCUUCCUUGCUGAGUUUCUCCAUACCUCACAACCUCUGAGGAUGCCUGCCAUAGAUGUGGAACUCAAUCAACAGACCCAGUCUUUUAAAAUUGAACACGCCUAUCUGUAUUUUAGAAUGUGUUUUAUGAAUGUCUGAUGCAAGUUGAUAAUUUUUAACUGUUUUAUAGUGCAUUGUACAAUAUGUGUUUUGUUGUAAGCCGCCCUGAGUCCCCUGUUGGGUGAGAAGGGCGGGAUAUAAAUAUUGUAAUAAAUAAAUAAAUAAACAAACAAACAUCAGGAGAUAAUACUUCUGGAACAUGGCCAUACAGCCUGGAAAACAUACAACAACCCUGUGAUCCCGGCCAUGAAAGCCUUUGACAACACAUUAAGCAAGGAAGGUUUAUAUAUAUCUGUGGAAAGUCCAGGGUGAGAGAAGAACUCUUUGUCAAUUGGAGGCCAGUGUGAAUGUUGUAGUUAAUCACCUUGAUGAUCAUUGAAAAGCUUCAUCUCCUGCCUUUUUCUGCAUCCUUCGUUCAGAGUCAUUAGCUGCCACUGGUUCCCAUGUCUGGAACUCCUCUGUUUUCAGAGUGUUGCUUCUUAUUUACUGUUCUGAUUUUUUAGUUUUUUUUAAAUACUGGUAGCCAGAUUUUGUUCAUUUUCGUGGUUUCCUUCUUUAUGUUGAAGUUGUCCACAUGCUUGUGGAUGUCAGUGGCUUCUCUGUGUAGUCUGACAUGAUAGUUGUUGGAGUGGUCCAGCAUUUCUAUGUUCUCAAGUAAUAUACUUGGUUGGUUCAUCAGGUGCUCUGCUAUGGCUGAUUUCUCUGAUUUACUUAGUCUGCAGUGCCUUUGAUGUUUUUUUGACUCUUGUUUGGACAAUGCUGCUGCGUUUGGUGGUCCCUCUGUAGACUUGUCCAUAGCUGCAUGGGAUAAGGUAGACUCCUGCAGAGGAGAGAGGAUCCCUCUUGUCCUUCCCUGGCCGUAGCAUUGGUUGGAUUUCCUUUGUGGUUCUGUAGAUAGUUGGGACGAACUUCUCUUCCUGAUCUGAAAGGGUUGUUUCCUGUGUCAGGAGCUUCUCUCCCUCCUGGCGCUGCUUGGCAAAGGCUGCGGCCACGCCCCCUUCGCUUCCCAUUGGCCGGGAGGGAAGGGGGCGUUACGUCACUCAGACCACACCCCCUUUGCUGUAACCGCCGCCGCCGCCGCCAUUUCUGUGAGGAAGAAAGAAAAGGAAGAAGGCGAAGGCGGCGAGGCGGGAGCCAUUUCGGUCUCUUCCAACUGGGCAAAUACAGGGAAAUGAGGAUUCUGAGUCACCUUUUGGGUACAGCAAGGAAACCAAUAAUAUAGGAAGAAGAAGAAAAAUCCUCCCAAUGUGAUGGUCCCGCUGAAAACUUGGUCUCACAGAUAAGAAAGGAAAAAAGAAGAGCCAAGUAUCUGUAUUGCAAUUCAAUACUCACAACAUUGUUGACAUGGAGGACAAAGCUUCUAAAGCCCUGCAGUGUGGAAAGUGUUUCACACAGAGGGCUCAUCUGCAGCAACAUGAAAAGAUUCAUACUGGAGAUGAGCAGUAUGAAUGCAUGGAGUGUGGAAAUAACUUUACUCAUAAUUCAAAUCUACAUAAACAUCAAAGGAGUCACACUGGGGAGAAACGCUAUACAUGUUUGGAGUGUGGACAGAGCUACACUCGGAUUGCAAAUCUACAUUCACAUGAAAGAACCCACACUGGGGAGAAACCCUAUACCUGCCUGGAGUGUGGAAAGAGCUUCACUCACAGUUCAGGUCUACGUUCACAUCAGAAGACUCACACUGGGGAGAAACCAUAUCCAUGCCUGCAAUGUGGACAGAGCUUCAGUCAGAAUGCACACCUUCGUUCACAUCAGAGGACUCACACUGGGGAGAAACCCUAUACAUGCUUGGAGUGUGGACAGAGCUUCACUUUUAAUGGAAAUCUACGUAGACAUCAAAAGAUUCACACUGGGGAGAAGCCCUAUAAAUGCUUGGAGUGUGGCCAGAGCUUCAUUGAAAGUUCAACUCUAAAUUCACAUCAAAGGACUCACACUGGGGAGAAACCCUAUAAAUGCUUGGAGUGUGGACUGAGCUUCAUUGAUAGUUCAAAUCUAAGUUCACAUCAGAGGACCCACACUGAGGAGAAACCCUAUAAAUGCUUGGAGUGUGGACUGAGCUACAAGCGGAGUGCAGAUCUACACUCACAUUUAAGGACUCACACUGGGGAGAAACCUUACACAUGCCUGGAGUGUGGACAGAGCUUCACUUGGAGUUCAGGUCUACGAUCACAUCAAAAGACUCACACUGGGGAGAAAGCCUAUACAUGCCUGGAGUGUGGACAGAGCUUCAAUCAUAGUUCAAACCUUCGUUCACAUCAAAGGAUUCACAGUGGGGAGAAACCCUGUAAACCCUAUAAAUGCUCAGAGUGCGGAAAAAGCUACGCCCGGAGUUCAGAUCUACAUUUGCAUCAAUGGAUUCACACUGGGGAGAAACCAUAUAAAUGCUUGGAGUGUGGACAAUGCUUCACUCGGAGUGAAAAUCUACGUUUACAUAAAAGGAUUCACACAGGGGAGAAACCUUAUAAAUGCCUGGAGUGUGGAAAGAGCUUCUCUAUUAAAGGAAGUCUACGUAGACAUCAGAGGACUCACACUAUCCAAGCAGGCACAUCAGAUGUCCUCAGAGACAUGUUCCCGCCUCUCCUAUCCAAUCCAGCUGGCACAGGCCCAGCAGAUCCCGUCUUUCUCGGAAUCUCACCAGGAGAUAAUGUUGGACAGAGAGCUUCAGGAUUUGCCACUUAGUUCCACCCAUACCGUGAUCCAGGUGCGAGAACAGCAGCUGCUGUCACUGAUCCCUCUAACUGUUGGUCGUCAACAACAAGAAAGGCAGACAAACGGCAGGACUGGUCAAAGCAGCACCCGGAGGGAUAACCAAACCCCCUCCACAACAUUCCCGACCAGAGCAGAGACUGGAAAAACACAAACCACUACCACUAUCCCUCCCUUCAGACCAUCAUCGUAGGUCGGAGGAAGAUGACCCAGACAUGAGAAUACCGGCUUCAUCCACUCAGUCAGCCUCAACCUCUCACCCAACGUGGACAAUUACCUGAUUGAUCACCUACAGAUAAAAUGUGAGACGAUGAGGGCCUCAAACAGCUAAAGCACCUCUGAGCUCAACUUCAUCGUAGUCAAGUCAUUGCAGCCUUCCGAGAAACGAUGCCACGCCAUCAGAGUGGUUUGACUUAGUUGGUCACAAGCUUUACUCACCAGUAUGGCCAUUUACGGAGCCUGCAUGAGAGCGUACCAGGAGCUCCUUUGGGACAAGGUCCAAGCCUUCCACACAAAGCUCCCAGAGGAAGACCGGGUGGUCCUCAGCACCCUAAGAUAAGCAAACCUGAUCCAGAAGGUGAAGCACUCAGGUGACACUGAAGGCAAGAUGCCCAUGCAUGUGAUAGCCAUAUAUACGGCUGUGCUCAUCACGACUAUUAACAGCCUCCAGACAGGUCAUUGAGUGUCUUCCCUUCAAUGCCCUUGGCCUGUUCAACUCGGGAUGAAUGACAAAGCAAAGUCCAACCACGAGUUCAAGAGUUCAAGCCCAACCCCAACAGCAGCCCCAGAGGACCAAGUGGUACGAACCCUGGUACAGGAGACCAAACCAGCCAGCAGCAAAGGCCAUCUCCAGCCCCGCCAGCACAACAUCAGUGCAAUAUCCUCUGUUUAAAAGCCUCCAAAGAAGAAGACUCCACCACACUCUGGGGCAAAGAGUUCCAUUGCUGAACAGCUCUCACAGAAAGUUAUUCUUCAUGUUCACGUGGAACAAAGAUAUAUGGAGAUCUCAAAAUUCAAACAAUAAAGAUAUACUUUUUACUCUGUCACCAAUCCUACUGCAAAAUAGACAUGUGAAAUUUAUAAUGGGAUAAAAUACUCUUAUGAUACAUCCAACACAUAUCUCACACCACAACCCAAUAUUUAUGGAAAUAAAAUUAACACCAAGAAAAUUUAUAUACUCAAUGGAAAUAUGUUAAGAAAAGAAAACAUUGUUGAAAAAUGCAAAAAGAAGAUUAGGGAAUUUUAAAAAACAAUUUGACCCUGGGAGUGUCACUAAGAUCUAUUUAGGACACAAUGAAAGUCUAUAUGAGUGGCUUGAAUCUCGUGUUUUUUUCAUUCAAAAAUAUUGUGAACAUAAAAAGAAGCAUUGUCAAAUAUACAAAAUCCAACAUAAAAUUCAAGAGUAAAAAAACCAAAUUAGAUAUCUCUUAGUAAAUACCAAAUUAAAAGAAAAACUUAAGCAACUAAAAGUACAAGUAUCCAUGCUCCUGACAGAUAAAAUGGAAAAAACUGUAAUUUGCAAAACAAAAUAGUUUUGAGCACACAUAUAAACUAGAUGGCUGUCCAACAAACUAAAAAAAAGCAGAAAAAAAUAAUUAAAACAAUUGAAAUCACGAGAGAUGCAAAUAUACAAAAAAAUGAGGUAUUACCAAAACUUAUAUAAACUACAACUUAACCAACAUUAUAAAAAAAAGAUCAAGAGGUGUUAAAUAGCCCUUUAACUACUUCAAUAACAAUUCAAUCUUCUACCAAAAAAUGGAAGAUGUUCUAACUCAACUAUAUAAAAAAAUGAAUGAGGCUUUACAAAAUGGAUUGCUCUGCGAUUCAUUGAAAGAAGUUAAUAGUACUUUAAUCUCAAGAAAAGGCCAGAAUACAAAAAAACCUCAAAACUAUAGACCCAUCUCUUGGUAAAACACGGAUUACAACAUAUUUACAGCCAUAUUGGCUAACAGGUUAAAAAAGUACAAAGAACUUGGACAAAUAUGGACCAGGCAGUUUUUUUUUUUGCCUUGUAGACUAACUAAAGACAAUAUGAGAACGAUAAUUAACCUAAUUGAAUUUUUACAUUCCAGUAGAAAUAAGCAGGCAGCCUUUGUAUUUUUAGAUGCAGAAAAAGCAUUUGAUAAGAUUCGCUGGCUUUAAAAAUGACAGCCAGUAAGUUUGCUGGGAUUUCUGGAAGUUUAAGUCCAAAAUACCUGGAGAGCUGAAGUUUGCUCAUGCCUGCUAGAGAUUCAUAUCUCCAUUUCCUUAACCCUUCAGUGUAAUGUGCUGUGACCACAUGUCAAUUAGAACUGUAUUUUUCACACAUUGGAGUUACAAACAGUGUAUUGGGUUGUGUGUCUUCCGGGCUGUAUGGCCAGGUUCCCGAAGCAUUCUCUCCUGACGUUUCGCCCACAUCUAUGGCAGGCAUCCUCACUGGUCAGUCUCAGGUCAUUACCGGGAAAGAUUCUGGAACAUAUCAUUAAGGAAAUGGUCUGCAAACACUUUAAAACAAAUGCGGUCAUCACUAAUAGUCAACACGGAUUUAUUAAAAACAAGUCAUGCCAGAUUAAUCUGAUCUCUUUUCGAUAAAGUUACAAGCUGAGUAGAUGCGAGGAACACCAUGGAUGUAGCCUAUCUCGAUUUCAGUAAGGCCUUCAACAAGGUCCCCCAUGACCUUCUGGCAAACAAACUAGUCAAAUGUGGGCUAGACAUAACUACGGUUAGGUGGAUCUCUAAUUGGCUAAGUGGGACUCCACUUGUCACUUCUUUCCAGGAUGAAGAGAAAACAAAUGUUUCCUCUUCAUCCUGGAAAGAAGUGACAAGUGGAGUGCCUCAAGGUUCCGUCGUGGGCCCAGUUCUGUUUACCAUCUUUAUUAAUGACUUAGAUCAGUGAUUCCCAAAGUGGUCGCUGCCACCCCCUGGUGGGCGCUGCAGCAAUCCAAGGGAGCGGUGAUGGCCACAGGUACAUAUAACUUUCUGUUUAAUUACUAUUAAAAUUAAAAAAAACAAUUUCCAGGGCACUGAGUAAUAGUUUUUCUGGAAAGGGGGUGGUAAGCCAAAUAAGUUUGUGAACCUAUGAUGUAGAUGAAGGGUUAGAAGGCAUGAUCAUCAAGUUUGCAGGCAACACCAAACGGAGGGAUAGCUAAUACUCCAGAAGACAGGAGCAGAAUCCAAAACAAUCUUAACAGAUUAGAGAGAUGGCUGAAACUAACAAAAUUAAGUUAAACUGGGCCAAAUGCAAGAUACUCCAGUUAGGCAGAAAUAAUGAAAUGCAAAGAUACAGUAUGGGGGACGAUGCCUAGCUCGACAGUAGUACAUGUGAAAAAGAUCUUGGAGUUCCCGUGGACAACAAUUUAAACAUGAGCCAACAAUGUGAUGCGGUGGCUAAGAAAGCCAAGGAAGAGUCUAGUGUCUAGAUCCAGGGAAGUCAUGCUACCUGUCUAUUCCACUGUUAGUGAAGGAGGAUUUGGGUUUAUGCAGGCUGACCAUGUUGAUGAGGGAAAUGUUGAAGGCUCUGAAUUGUUAGAGAGGCCACAGACUAGCAGUGAAACAGAAGCCAGUGGUAAGGGUGACCUUUCACAGGAUUCAGAAUAUCAACAGUCGAGAACAACAAGUUGCAGGUGCCUAGCAGCGAGUCAGAGGAGUCUUCAUUAGAUAGGGAUACUAGGUUAAGGUUAAAAGUUCAAAGUCCCAGACGUUCUCUUAGGAUAGCUGGUAAAGGUGUGGGAACCCAAGGACAAAGGGAUGCUUUUUUGGCCUUUAAGCAUGGUUAAAUAGGGGAGAAACAAGGAAAGAUUUCAGAUGAAGCAACAUUGGUUUUGGAAGCAGAGUUCCUGCCUUGUCUAUGCUCUUGGAAAAGUAUUCUUGCUUUUGUUCAUGCCUUGAUCUUGUAUUUUGGAUUGCGUUUUGCAGUUCAUGCUGCAUUCAGGAUUGAUUUGCUAGAGACUUUGAACUAUAUUCUACUGACUGCCUUUACAUUUGGAUUAUUGCUUUCUUUACUGCUUUUUAUUCAGACUUUGCUAUCUUUUAUCAAUAAACUUUAAACCAAG